AUGGCUCCUCCCAAGUCGAAGCCUCAAAACCAUCCAGAGGGUGAACAAUGCAACAUCUGUGGAGUAGUGAUCGCUCGUCGCGGUGACAUGCCCAGACACAAACGAACUCACGCAGCAGUGGAAGACAAGAAUGCCAUGUUACACCGAUGCUCUUGGGAAGGCUGCAGCUAUUCCAGUCUCCAGAGACCCAACGUCGAUACUCAUUACAGAACACACACCAAAGAACGAAAUCAAGCUUGUCCUGAUUGCGAUUCCAAAUUCUCCGAUCCUGGGUCUUUGAUUCGACAUCGGAAGAAUCUACAUGGCUAUAUCCCUAAAGCCAGGAAGACCCGUCAACGCGGUAGUACCGCUGCUCCAGAACAGUCUUCCUCCACGCGUGGCAGUCGAAGACACCAGCCGUACUCCCGUUCACCUUCCACUUCAUCGUCUUCUUCAGGUUCAUCUUCUCCUGAACCUACAGCUGCCGCUAGUAUUACGACAGCUGCCACUGAAGUUACAACUACCACUAGUACCCCCACUACCAACGCAUUCCCAGUCAUCCUCCCUCCCGAAUACGAUUACACCGCUAUGGAGUCUAUCUUCCUUUCGAAAUCCCGAAUCCACGAAGCCGACCUGAAUCUCAACUUCAACCCCGAUUACUUCUGGCUUUACCAAGAUGCCGAACGCAUCAUCCGAACCCCGAGUCCUAAAAUCUUGAUUCCCGCAACGGGAGCUGGGAAAGAAUUUCAGUAUCCUAUGGUUCAUUAUUUGGGAUUUGAGAUUACUCCAUAUAACGUUUCGCGGGUUGGGAUCGGGCGUGAAAUGGAACAGCCGAUACCAACUGAACCGUUGGUGGGCGACAAAGGUGUUGAGAGGGACCGAGUACUAGGAGAGGAGAAGGAACAACCAUGGGAAUCCUUUGCGUAUCAACAUGACUCUUUGAUUCAUGGAAUGCCUGUCAACGAUGCUAGCACAUUCACCACCACCCCUUCCGUAGCCUUUGAUUGCAAUCCUCCGUUCGUAUACGAUAUAAUCUCCCAAUUGGUUCAACCCGUGACGCCACCCUCAUCUUCACCAUUAUCAUCAUCUCCGUACAAUUUGGCUUUGGACUAUUCCCAGCCGGUGGGGUGUGGCUCAGAAACUUUGGAAGCCUCGAUGUUUUUCGCACCCUCCGAAUCGGCGUAUACCUGUCCGUCAGAGGUAUUGGAGGGUCUCGCAAGUUCAGGUCAACUGGAGUCGGGAGUCAUCAACUAUGACCGAAUUUGGGCCUAA